GUAGGCAGGGCAUAUCCACGCCGGGUCUGCAGCGUGGCGAGCCGAGCAGAGUGCCGAGACCGGGUUGUGGUGCGAGCGAUGCUGCCGAGGAAGGUCGAUCCGAGUCUUGAAGAGCUCAUGGCUGACAAGAGCGGUAUUUGAGUUUUCGGCUAUAGGACAGAAGACGAAGGCCGCGACGGGACUGGAAUGGCAGCUUCACGCCGAACUGAGUGUCUUGAACCAGGAAGCGGCUGGCGAGAAUCGGAUGGGUCUUGCGGGCGGCAGGCGGUGCUGUUGUUGUUGCUGCUGUUGCUGCUGCGAUCGGUGUGGGUUUGGCGAGGGAUUGUCUGAUCGAGCCAGAGCCAAAGCCAAAGCCUGUGCGUCGGAACAGGCAGCCCAAAAGUCGCAGGCUCGACGCCGCGGCGGAUCUGAUCGAGUCUCCCCGAUCUCUGAUCGUCCUGGCCUGCGUCCCCAAGCAUCCGUCCCUCCUCGACAUCCAAGCCCAGCACACACCCAUGUCUGCACAUAUCACCCGAGCCCUGCGACACGCCAUUCCGGCACCUCGAUCAUCUAUCCGGCGAACCAUCUACACCCUGCCCGAGGAACAGCUGACGUUCUCGCAAAAGUACGGCCGCCCCCUCUCGCAGUUCCUGGCAUACUCGUCCCUGACGCUGAUCACCCUCAAGUACGUCUGGACCCGGCUGGAGAAGGCCGAGCACAAACUCGAAGCGGCAGAGAGACUGGGUGGACUGGAAGACGAGCUAGCGCACUGGAAGUCUCUGCUGCAGGAGCAGCAGAAGGCUGAAGCACACAACAAACCCGAUCGGCCAGAAGCAGGACCAGGCAGCUGGUCGCUAUCCUCGUGGAUCCGCUGGAAUUAGCCUCUUGCUUUCCCAAGCCAGCCCUCGCGAGCCCGCAGGCCGUCCGUCAAAGCAA